CGUUCGUCAGCCGAUGAAGAAACAUGCGUCUUGAUUUGUUGGUCUUGGUUCUUGCGUUUUCGUACAUAUGUGCGAGCACGUUGGGUGGAAUAUCAAAAGUCGAAAGAAGCGUUGGAGAGCCGGCUGAUAACUCGACCUGUGAAAAUCCACCCGAAUGUAUCCACGGCGAUCUAAAUCAAACAACGUGUGAUUGUACAUGCGAACCCGGAAGGACAAAUCCUCUAUGUGACGAAUAUGACUAUGAAUUGGUUCUUAAAAAAUCCUUGCUAUUUUACGAGACUCAACGUUCGGGGCAUCUGCCCAAUAACAACAGAAUACCCUAUCGCGGUGACUCGGCCACUUCUGAUGUUGACAAUGAUGGCAACAAUAUGACUGGGGGUUACUAUGAUGCUGGCGAUCAUAUGAAAGUCACAUCGACUAUAGCUUUCAGUAUGACUCUAAUAUCCUGGGGUUUGAUUCACUUCACCGAAUCGUAUAAGAAUCCUGGGUAUUACAACAGGGCCUUGGAUUGCAUCAAAUGGGGAACGGACUAUCUAUUGAAAACUCUAACCAAGGAUCUUGUUGUUGUGAUCGGGAACAAUACACAAGAUCAUUCCUAUUGGGGACGACCCGAAGACAUGACUAUGGCAAGGCCUGCGUGUCAUGCCAGUCCCGCCGAUAAACCUACAUCAGAAGCGAUGUUAACAUCCGCCGCACUGUCUGCAGCAAGUAUUGUUUUCAAGAAUAAAGAUCCCGCCUAUUCUGAUGAGCUGCUGCUAGCGGCGAAGAGUGUGUACAAUAUGUACAGAAGUUCGCUAGGAUUCUUCAACCAUCUCUGUGAAGGAGGGUACACGUGA